AUGCCAAAAGGUGCACACUUCUUAACCCCUGAGCACAAAAGCUUUUGUAAAGCUUGGAAGUCUAUUGCAGGAAUAAUACGAGAGGAUAUAAUAUCCCUCUAUGAACCUGUUAAUGACGGAUUUGUCAGCGCAAAGGAUGCAGAAGAACGAGUCAACCAAGUCAUACAGAAAGUUACCGACAUCCAGAUCAGUGCCCUGACGCGGGAACUCGGAAGAGUACCCACACAAAGUUGGAGCGUGAUGCGGUGGAAUAUCAACCUCGCUGUUUGGCCUGUUGAAGGUGUACCGAAACGUUCAUUUCCCAGCACCAGGCGUUGCCCCGACUGUUCGCUGACCUUCAGCUGCUCCGAGCAACAUUGGGAUCUUGUUAAAACGGCUCAUAGGCAAAAACCUUGUCGCGACAGCUGGAGCAAACAGUCUCAAUGUGCUAUGGAUGUGAUUUGUGCCGCAGACUACAAUAUGGGUCACAGUAUGACAACAGUUGCUGAGUCGGUUGCGCCCUUGGAUUGGUCUCCGGAGCAUAUACAGCCAUCUUGGGUGUCGCUACGCAAUACGAACUGGCAUAAACUUCUGUAUUCCGACCUGAAGUCUGAUAUGGCGACUAAUUAUGGCUUGAGAAUGAGCGAUGCCCAACUCAUGCCGAUACUUCGAGGAGCGACAGAAAAUCUAUCCAUGUCCAUGACCAUCCUAUGGGCUUUGGAGUUAUUGAAUACGGAUACUUCGUGGACGAAGAAAUCGGCUCUCAAUAUUCAUAUCCUUGGUGUAACUAUCGCAGAGCUAGUCGCUAUCGACAUGGAAGAACUUUUACAUCGUCUUCCAGACGUGAAACUAGUCAAUGCCAUACAUUGCGCUCCCUCUGGACAAGCCGACGAUUUAUUGAAAGGCCAGCACUUCGAGCCUUGCGACGAAUGUCAGAAACGUCGGCGUGCGCUACACUUAGAGUUCCAAGCGAAGUCCUAUAAAACUUAUUUUGCCGAUAGUGGAAGUUCGUUUGUAAAAGCGGAUUUGGUUGUCGCGUUCGAUCCAAAAUGCUAUAAGGACAAUAUCGACACGUGGCAGGAAACCCUUGGUGUUCUAAUUGAGCAAAAGAUUCCAACUGUUUUCACGUCCUACAAUUAUGAUGACGCCGUCGCGAACGCGAAGUUUUUGGAGGAUGUAGGAGCUAAAUUGCACCCCGAGUUCCGUCUCAAAAAAAAUCCAUGGGCGAGCCAGGUACCGAAGAUCGAGCCCAGCAAGGUGACCGGGUUCUUUGCCGUCAAUGAAUGGCUGGCGGGAGGAUUCAAGUAA